UUAAACUGAACCACAGGGAAGGAAACAUCAGUCUCUGUGAGAAAUAAGACUUAUACAUACAGAUAAAACUCUAUCUUUUCACAACUAACAUUUUGGAUUCACGCUGGUGUAUUGGGCACGCGUCACCAUGGACAGCGCUUUUGACAACCUGGAUGCUACAAGCUUCCUACACAUAUGGCAACAUUUCGAUGUUGACAAUAAUAGUUAUAUUGAACGAAAGGAGCUGGACGACUUUUUCAGACACAUGAUGAAAAAACUUGGGAUUAGUGAUGAAAUAACGGAUGACAAAGUUGGAAGAAUGAAAGAAAGGUUCAUGUCAGCGUAUGACACCACAGCUGAUGGUCGCCUGCAAAUCCAAGAGUUGGCCACCAUGAUGCUACCGGAGGAGGAGAACUUCCUACUACUGUUCCACAGAGAGACGCCAUUGGACAACAGUGUGGAGUUCAUGAGGAUCUGGAGAAACUAUGACACUCACAGCAGUGGAUACAUAUCAGCUAUAGAACUCAAGGGUUUCCUGCAGGACCUGUUCCUCCAGCACAAAAAGACCAUAUCCCCCAACAAACUGGAGGAGUACACCAACACCAUGAUGGAGAUGUUUGACAAAAACAACGAUGGCAGGCUGGAUUUGAAUGACCUAGCCAGAAUCUUGGCUCUAAAAGAGAACUUCUUGCUGAAGUUUGACAUGAAUGCGUGCAGUCAAGAGGACCGGAAGAGGGACUUUGAGAAGAUAUUUGCUCACUAUGAUGUGAGUAAGACGGGUGCUUUGGAGGGUCCGGAGGUGGACGGCUUUGUCAAAGACAUGAUGGAACUGGUCAAACCUAUCAUUAGUGGAACAGACCUGGACAAGUUCCGCAAGCUGCUCCUGGGUCACUGUGACAUGAACGGUGAUGGAAAGAUCCAGAAGAAUGAACUGUGCCUCUGCCUGAAAUACUCCAGUUAAUAGUCCUCCACGGGAAGAAUGACACAUUUUCAUUGCCCUAGUUAGCACCACAGGCUAACCGCUAACACACUGAUAGCAUGUCGCAAUGCCAUAGCUAAUGCCUUUUGGACAACCCAAGAGCAUUGCAUGAUGGUUGGUUGAAAGGAAGUUGUUGCAUAGAGUAGACCCAUUGGGGAAUUGGUUUUGUGAUCCUUCAUUCUGUUUGACUGUAU